AGCUUGUGUGAAAUAUGUCGCUGUACACUAUUUUUUAAAUUUAUACACUGUGCACUGAUUCGGUUUUUUUUCUUGUGUAAAUUCGCUUGUUACCCAACUUUUAUGACCCUUGGGUCCGGUGACCCUUUAGUAACCGUCUGAUCUCUGCGUCUGUGUUCCGCUUAAAACGCUUGAUGCGACGCUGCAACGAGGCAGUUGCUCUUUAGAACGUCCGUCGCAAUGUUCUGGCUCGGAUUCGGAUUGCUGUUGGUCGCGUUGUCCCUAUACCUGCUAUAUGUGUUCGAGCGGCAGAGCAGGAUCGACCGGCUCACCCACAAUUGGCCAGCCCCACCGGCCCUGCCAUUCAUUGGCCAUCUGCACAUCCUAGCCAAAUUGGUGGGCCCGCAUCCACUUCGACGUGCCACCGAAAUGAUCGAUCAACAUCUGCACGAUCACCGCGGAAAACUGUGGAUGGGCACCAAGCUCUAUCUCGUGGACUGCAAUCCGAAGGAUAUACAGGCUCUGUGCAGUGCCCAGCAGCUGUUGCAGAAGACCAACGACUAUCGGGUCUUCGAGAACUGGCUCUGCGAGGGCCUCUUCACCAGUGGAUUCGAGAAGUGGUCCCAUCGCCGGAAGAUCGUAAUGCCGGCAUUCAACUACACGAUGAUCAAACAGUUUGUUGCCGUCUUUGAGAAACAGUCGAGGAUUCUUCUGACGAAUGUCGCUAAAUUUGCCGAGUCCGGGGAUCAAAUUGACUUCCUUCAACUGAUCAGUUGCUUCACUUUGGACACUAUUUGUGAAACGGCCCUCGGAGUCUCUGUGGGUUCCCAGUCGAGCGCCAAUUCGGACUACCUAGAUGCUGUUAAAUCAAUCCUUGUGAUCAUCGAUAAGCGACUGAAGAACAUCUUCUACCGCAACUCGUUUAUAUUCAAACGCACAUCGCAUUAUAAGCGAGAGCAGGAGCUGAUAAAAACGCUUCACGGAUUCACAGAGGGCAUUAUCCAGAAACGUAUUGAUGAAAUCAACCAGGAUGCGGAGAAUCGCAACUACCAGAGUAAUGAUGCGGAAUUGGACGGAGUGAAGCGGACCCUUUGCUUUCUGGACACCUUGCUACUGUCCAAGGGUCCCGAUGGGAAGCCUUUGACAGUCAAGGAUAUACGCGAGGAAGUGGACACCAUCAUAUUUGGGGGCUUCGAUCUCACGGCCACCACCCUCAACUUUUUCAUGUAUAACAUGACUCUUCAUCCGGAGCACCAGCAGCGAUGCCGCGAGGAGGUGUGGUCGGUAUGCGGCAAGGACAAAAGUGAACCCAUCACCAUAGAGCAGGUGCGCGAAAUGGAGUUCCUGGAGGCGUGUAUAAAGGAAACACUGCGGAUGUAUCCUUCAGGUCCACUCACUGCCAGAAAAGCCACAGCCAAUUGCACAAUUAAUGACUUCUUCAUACCGAAGGGUAGCGAUGUUAUCAUUUCACCAAUUUACAUGGGGCGCUGCAAGGACUUCUUUCCGGAACCCAUGGUCUUCAAGCCAGAUCGCUGGGCGAUUGGAGCGGAGCCCAAAAUUGAGGCCACCACUUUUAUACCCUUCAUGGCGGGGGCGCGGAGUUGCAUGGGCCAGCGGUAUGCAAUGGUCAUGCUCAAAAUGGUGCUAGCCCACCUGCUGAGGAACUUCCUGUUCGAGCCGCUUGGCGAGCGACAGGUGAAGUUGAAGCUCAACUUUGUGAUCACCCUGCACACCGUUGAACCCUAUCUAUGUAGAGCUAAAGCUUUAGAUUGAGGCUAGCCAACAGUUUUUCACUUAGCCAAUACGUUUGUCAAUAAAGUUAGGUAUUAUUGUAGGUACAUUCCGCUUAUUAUA